AUGAAUGGCGGUCGUCCAUUGAUGUUCCUAGUGCCUCUCUUCUCCAUGAUCAUCCUGCAGGCCUCCGCCGUGGUGGACUGCGGGUCAGAGACCGUCGCCGAUGGAUGCCGCAACCAGUCGGAGGCAUUCAAGCUCAAACUCAUUGCGAUUCCUGCAAUUCUGGUAACCAGUAUGGUGGGUGUGUCGCUCCCCAUCCUCGCCCGGUCUGUGCCGAGCCUGCACCCCGACCGCGACGUCUUCCUGGUCAUCAAGUGCUUCGCGUCGGGGGUGAUCCUGGCCACGGGAUGCAUGCACGUCCUGCCGGAUUCCAUGGACAGCCUCGGCUCCGAUUGCCUGCCCGAGAAGCCCUGGAAGAAGUUCCCCUUCUCGGCCUUAGUCUUCAUGCUCUCCGCGCUCUUCACUCUGGCCAUCGACUCUUUCGCCAUGAGCUUCUACAAGCGUCGAGUGCUGGCCCGGAAAGGCGAUCACGGCAGGGGCGGGGCGGGUCUAGAUGUUGUCGGACACCGCGGGCACGGCCACGGCCACGGCCGUGUAGUCGGCUUUGGUACCCUGGAUGGCGGCGGUGCUUCGUCCGAUCAUCAAUUGAUCCGCUAUCGCAUAGUUGCACAGGUACUGGAGGUGGGGAUCGUGGUGCAUUCCGUGGUGAUAGGGGUGUCCUACAGGACCUCGGAGAGCGUGUGCACUCUGAGGCCGCUGCUGAUCGCCCUCUGCUUCCGUCAAUUCUUCGAGGGGAUGGGCCUGGGCGGCAGCAUCUUGCAGGCCGACUACGGAGCCUGGGUGACGUCCAUCAUGGUUGCCUUCUUCUCCAUCACCACGCCGUCCGGGAUCGCCCUGGGGAUGGCGCUGUCCAAGGUGUACAGCGAGAGCAGCCCCACGGCGCUCAUCAUGGUGGGGCUGCUGGACACCUGCUCCGCGGGGCUGCUGGAGUACACCGCGCUGGUGGACCUGCUGGCCGCCAACUUCCUGAGCAACCGGAUGCACAGGAGCCUGCGCCUCCACGCCCUGGCUCUACUGGAUGUGCUCCUCGGGGCGGGCUUUAUGGCCCUCGUGGCUCUCUGGGCCUAG